AACAACCAGAAUUAUGGAGGUUCCUCAAAGGUUAAUUUUCUUGUAGAGGCUAAAGGUUCUAGAUUUAGAAGCAUGGAUAUAAAAGACGAGUCAAUCUUAGAAAUAUUAAAAGCUGUUGAAACAAGAUGGCUCUCAUUAUCAAAUGUAAUAGGAAAUCUAUACAAAAUGAUGGACUCGGUUUUAGCUUCAUUAAAUGAAGAUUCAUUAGAAGUAGAGAAGGCAGAAAACUUGAUACCAGCACUUUCUCAUUUUAAACCUCAUUUAAAAGCAGAGAUUGAAAAUAUUUCUACAGAUUUUAUUGAAAGUAUCAAUAUAUUACCUACAUAUGGAAUUAUUUUAAGUAAUUACAUGGACUGCGAGAAAAUUAUUUCAAAUGAUCUUUCAAGCUUUGUAAAAGAUUAUGCUAUAGCAAUAAUCGAAGCAUUAAAAGAACGAUUUCCGAACUCGGAACUGUUUGAUACAUUGAACAUUUUUUGA